AUGGCCGCACCCGACCUGUCGACCAACCUCCAAGAGGAGGCCACCUGCGCCAUCUGCCUCGACUACUUCACGGAUCCAGUGAUGACCGACUGCGGCCACAACUUCUGCCGCGAGUGCAUCCGGCGCUGCUGGGGUCAGCCCGAGGGCCCGUACGCCUGCCCCGAGUGCCGCGAGCUGUUCCCGCAGAGGAACCUGCGACCCAACCGCCCGCUCGCCAAGAUGGCCGAGAUGGCGCGGCGCCUGCACCCACCGUCGCCUGUUCCGCAGGGAGUGUGCGCAGCGCACCGCGAGCCGCUGGCCGCCUUCUGCGGCGACGAGCUGCGCCUUCUGUGCGCGGCCUGCGAGCGUUCAGGGGAACACUGGGCGCACCGCGUGCGCCCGCUGCAGGACGCGGCCGAAGACCUUAAGAUCAAACUGGAGAAAUCCCUGGAGCACCUGCGGAAGCAAAUGGAGGAUGCUCUACUGUUCCAGGCCCAAGCGGAGGAGACCUGCUCCCUGUGGCAGAAGAUGGUGGAGACCCAGCGGCAGAACGUCCUGACAGAGUUUGAGAGGCUGCGCCGUCUGCUUGUGGAGGAGGAGCAGCUGCUGCUGCAGAGGCUGGAAGAGGAGGAGCUGGAGGUGCUGCCCCCCUUGAGGGAGAGCGCGGCCCGCCUCGGACAGCAGAGCGCCCAGCUGGCUGAGCUGAUCACCGAGCUGGAGGGCCGCUGCCAGCUGCCUGCACUGGGGCUGCUGCAGGAUAUCAGGGACACCCUGCGCAGAGCCCAGGACGUGAAGCUGCAGCCUCCUGAGGUGGUGCCUAUGGAGAUGAGGACUGUGUGCAGGGUCCCUGGGCUGGUGGAGGCCUUGCGGAGGUUCCGAGGGGACAUGACCUUGGAUCCUGACACGGCCAACCCUGAGCUGGUGCUGUCUGAGGACAGGAGGAGCGUGCGGCGCGGGGACCUGCGGCAGGCCCUGCCCGACAGCCCCGAGCGGUUCGACCCUGGGCCUUGUGUGCUGGGCCGGGAGCCCCUGACCUCGGGCCGCCACUACUGGGAGGUGGAGGUGGGGGAGCGGGCCAGCUGGGCCCUGGGUGUCUGCAGAGAGAACGCCAACCGCAAGGAGAAGGGCGAGCUGUUUGCUGGCAAUGGCUUCUGGAUCCUGGUGUUCCUGGGAAGCUACUACAACUCCUCCGAGCGAGCUUUUGCCCCUCUCCGAGACCCACCCCGCCGCGUGGGCAUCUUUCUGGACUACGAGGCUGGACACCUGUCCUUCUACAGUGCCAAUGAUGGGUCACUCUUGUAUACCUUUCCUGAGACGCCCUUCUCGGGGACCCUGCGGGCCCUCUUCUCUCCUCUCUCUAGCAGCCCGACCCCUAUGACCAUCUGCAGGCUGAAAGGCGGGCCCGGGGACGGACUGGCUCCCCAGUGA